UGUUGUUAUAUAUAUUUUCAUUCAAUUGAACAUAUAGAUACGCCACCUGGAAACAAUGUCUCAUCUCCAAUACUAUGCAUAUCCUGGAGUGGGCGAACGCAACUUGAAGUUACACCGAUAUAAUCAAGGCGUGCGUGUAGGGGAUAGAAUCGAGUUGAGCGGACAAGGUGGCUGGGAUCCUAAAACAGGCGAAUUCAAUACGGAAAUCAACGCUCAAAUCGAGCAGGCAUUUGUAAAUGUCGAUCUUGCUCUGAAAGAUGCUGGUGGAAAGGGCUGGUCACAAGUCUUCCGGGUGAAUUCCUAUCACGUGCCUCUCAACAACGAGGCAAUAGACGCUAUGAAAAAAGGAUUCGAUAAAUGGAUGCCUGACCACAAACCAAUCUGGACCUGCGUAGGAGUUCAGCGUCUAGGCGAAGACGACAUGAGAGUGGAGAUUGAGGUCAGCGCUCACGAUCCGAAAUGAUAGGUCUCAUGCACGUGAACAUUUUGUGCGAAAAUAAUAAUCAAAAAAUAAAUAAUUCAAGAUUAAAUG